AUAUAUAUUGCCCAUACUUUACCGGGUGACUGUUUGGAACUGGGAAUUUCAUGUGAAACUGUAAAUUCCUCAAUUUCGACGAGACCGGUGUUUCUCAAUUUUGUCUAGUGUUGCCACUAACUUAGCUGUGUUUUAAAGAUUUAUCAUUUUAAUCCAUAUGUUAUUGAUAUAAAUGAUCUCAUGUGUCACUAAAGAGGCGUAAUAUUUUAUCGAAAUGUAACUCAAUUAGUGACCACUGACCAAAUCCACCGCAUGCAAACCACGCCGUUCCCGUCCCCACUGCUCUCCGACUCCUGCCGCGCGCCAUGGCGUCUCCUCCGGGGGUCAACUGCGCAGCCUCCUCGUCGAGGAGGGCGCUCUUGUCCUUCCCCUUUCCCUUCCCCAUCGCGGCCCACUUCCCCUCCCGCGCCGCCGGCCCCUUCCUCGGGCAGCACCACCCGCCCGCCACCUCCGGCGGCGAGGAGGAGGUCGAAGAAGACGAGGGCAGCAUGGACGACGACAGCGGCUCGCAGCAGCGUUUCCCAGCUAGGAUUCGAGAUUUUUGUAUAUCUGGAUGAAGGUGAUCAUUGCUGCUUGCUGAUUCAUACACUAGGAAUCGGCCGGGCAGUGAUGAGUGGGGAGAACGGAUCGAGUCACAUCCAAGAGGGGCAGCAAUGGCAGCAGCACAGCCGUUUAUAUGACCGUGUUACAGAGCAAUAUGGGCGCACUUCGUCUGGAGGGGAUGAACCUGGCACUAUUCCCAGGGAGACGAGGGUGGAGAAUGGAUACGGAGUUAUCGGAGGAAGAGAGGGGGGUCCUGCAUCCAGCUAUUGGGACCUUCUGAGAGCACACCUCUCUGAUCCGUUGACAGGUGUUCUCAUGGAUGAUGCAAUGAUUCUAUCUUGUGGCCAUUCAUAUGGAAGUAGUGGAAUGCAGCAUAUCUACAGAAUGAAAGCUUGUGGCAAAUGUGGUCAGCCAAUUACCAAGGCUUCGAUUCGACCUAACUUGGCUCUUCGCCUUGCAGUUCAGGCAUUUAAACGUGAAAAAGAGUCAGCAAAAGCAUUGAAAAAAAGAAGAGAGUGCCUUGAACAGGACAAAUGUGGCAAUGACGAUCAAAAUCCAACUGACCUUUCUAGAGGUAAAAGUGUUCACUUUCCUUUUGCUGUCUUCGACCGGGUCAUAAUCAAGGGAAAUAAGAGGACACCGGAACGAUUUGUGGGACGUGUAGCAGUUGUGACAGCACAGUGCUUAAAUGGAUGGUAUGUAGUGAAGACUUUAGACGACGCAGAGAGUGUGAAGUUACAAUACCGUUCCUUGGCAAAGGUUGCUGAUGGCAAUGGGUCUUGUUCCAUGGUCUCAAACAACGCCCAAAAUACGAACUGGUUAUAAGUACCCUACCAUUUUGGUGCCUGUAUCAGGUAGUUGUGUGGGAUCAGAGGUUUACAUGAAUGAAAGGUGAAGGGAAGAAAUGGUUAGAGAUUGAACACUUUGCCCCUUUUAGAUCAAGCAUUCAGGGAUGCUCUGUUUACAGUUCAGCUGCCGCUUCUGCGGAACGAAGAAAAGACGCACGCAACACCGGUGAAGUCCU